AUGACUUCUGACAUUUUCAACUGGCUCCCGCCUGAGCUUCACAUCAACGUCGUGGCAAAUCUCCAGUCACUUCAGGACAUUCGAUCUUUUACGUCGGCUUCCCCUGUUGCAAGACGCUAUUUCCAUGCCAACCAACGCACUUCUUUUCUAUGGCCUUACAUCCUAGAGAUACAUGCGAAUUUUGGGGAUGAAGCACUUGUACCGCUAGCAUUGAUUCUCCUGCAAGUGAGAAAGAUCGAGCAACGCAUCAGACCCUACCUCGACGCUGUAACUCGCUUCGAUAUAUCAGAAUCCUCGGAGGAGUGGAAAACGAACUUGGGCUGUAUUGCAGCCAUAAUACACAUGAUUCGGGAAAUUGGCCCCAUUACGGCAGGCUCGGUGAACAAAUUCCGAGACCAGAUGCCAAGGACAGCAAGAUCUUACAUACACUCAUAUGCAGAUCGGGGCCAAGUCGUCAAUGCAUAUCUCCGUUACGAUCUCUACUGCCAACUAGCCUGUAACGGUGAAGAAAAACUUUUCGCAGAAAGAGAACAGGUCAAAGAACUUGAAUCUUAUCUCCAUAAGCAUUUGCCACAACCAUACCAAGCUCGCCCCCGGACCCCCGUCAACAUUCUAUGUUUAAUUAGACAGCGACACACCGACAUUCUAUUCUGCGUUGACCUUACAAUCGGCAUGUCAAGGAGCGAACGAAGCGAGCGUAACCAAGUGAAGGAUAUUUUACGCCGUGGAGGACCACGCCCCUUCGUCUUGCAACGCCUUCAAGAAUGCCGGUUUAUGAAGAGACAACGGGAUGAUAUCAAGGCAUACCUCGAUUACGUGUCUCUGCAGGGAUAUCCUUUUCUCCACUACUUGGAACAACUUGAACCACAUGCUCAGAAAGCAUGCGUCCUCGAUAUCUUUUUCAAAAUAACCACGGAAAGAUUACGAGAGCUGGCUGGGAUACGGGUGACUACUCGAUCUGCUGCGAAGCGAGCAAAUAUCUACCAGGCUUAUGCUAUGAGUUGAGGAUGGGAGGUGAGUUUAGAGCUGGCGAGAUUGAGAAGCACAGGAGGCCAGAUUGCCUGUGGAUUUGCACGAUAUAGAUACACUACAACAGACAACAAAACUUAUUUGAAAUAAAACCUUCAGAGCAUGGUAUGAAGGGGGCUAGCAAGAAGAAUUUUCAAGUAUUGAGGAAUUCGAAAAGUACCUGAAUGAUAGAAUAAGUUGUCUCUAAUAUUGCCAUAUCUGCAUAAAAAACCAGAAACCCUAUAAAUGAUUCUAAAUGCUAAGUGUUUAUGGGGC